AUGUAUACGCUGACUGGACGUCAAAGCCUGGAACUUUUUUUUGCAAUUAUCCUUCUCCAUUGGGCAGACUGCAGCCCCUCUCUGCAGGAUGAUUUGGCUCCCCUUGAAGUAAAGUUCCAUUCUUUGGACUUUAGAAAUGUCUUGCACUGGAAACAUCCACAAAAAGCUGUCAAGAACCUGACAUAUUUUGUUCAGUCUAAAAUAUAUGGAGAUAAAGAGUGGACUAAUUCUGAGUACUGUCAAGGCAUUCGGUUGCUGGAGUGUGACUUGAGUCAGGCAAUGUCAGAUCCCAGAGAAUGGUACUAUGCCAGGGUCCGUUCCUUCUCCUCUGAGGGCUUCUCAUCAUGGGUCCUUAGCCACAGGUUUUACCCUCAGUGGGAAACCAGUUUUAGCCCACCACAUAUAAAGGUGACCAUGACAGGACGGAUCAUUUCAGUUCAGAUCAAACCUCCGAGGACACCUCUGCGAGGACAAAAUGGCUCUAGGAUACGAGUGACAAAACUGCAGAAACUGACAUUUAGAAUAUACCUAAUGCACAAUGAUGUAGAAGAGGAUGUUUAUGAAACAGACAGUUGCUCCAAGGAGCUUGUGAUAGAGGGGCUACGUCCGAAAACCACCUACUGCCUUCAGGCUAUUUCCGUUACUCCUCGCUCAGGCCGUAAAAGCUUACGGAGUCCCAGCACCUGCAUCAGCACUCAUUGAGGGCUUAGUGUCUCCCACAGGUAAGCCUUACGUGAUAUGCUUUCUUUA